AUGAUGACUCGUGAGCAUAGCCUUCGCGAUUGCCUCAGCGAUCCCUAUGCAGAUUACUUCGCUAAGGAAUCACUCCAACAAAUUAUGGAUCCUCAUCAAAUUCACUUCAAUGUUUCUUCAACUGGAAGCAGCAAAAAGCUCUACGAAGAUGAUCCUAGUGCUGCUUUUCACUGCGGUGCUCCAUUGUUUGAACUACCUCAUAGUAAUCCAAUGAACGUCUUAUUAUACGACAUGCCUCCGGUAAGUACAGGUGGUAAACAGUCAAAAAAUCGCCGAAAUAUAUUGGAGUUUAACAACUCAUCAUGA